CUCUUGGUCUGGCCCAGGAGCUGCUGCUCUCGCGCUCACCCAAUGGCACCCAUCCACGAUGCCGCAUUCAACGGUGACGUCGAGACGCUCCGGCGAUUGCUUGCGGAAGGUGUGUCGCCAGAUGCAACCGAUGAUAAUGAGUAUCGUGGUAGAACGCCUCUUCACAACUUGUGCUUUUUACACGAACACUACCACGCUACGGGUGACGACAUCACGGCCUGCUUCAGGCUCCUUCUCGACGCUGGGGCAAGUUUGGAAGCGGUCGAUUAUAAUGGGUACACAUUACUCCACUAUGCAGCUAACGUCGCAAACAUUAAAAUGGUGUCGUUACUACUCGAAGCGGGCCUGGAUGUGAACGCUGUGUCUGAUUUCCACUGGACGGCGCUCCACUUUGCAGCAAGCGGAAGUUCUAAGGCUAAGGCGCGCACCAAUUGCGUCAAAAUGCUCCUGGCCGCAGGUGCUGAUAUAGAUGUAAGAAGUGACUCUGGGAGGACACCUUUCGAGAUGACACUCGACCAGAAUCUUCUCCGUGUGUGGCCUUUAUUACUCCGCGCGGGCGCUGAGAUCCCCACGAACAACACGCACCCGUACAUCGAACGAGUCAGAAACGCCGGCGGCUGGAAGAAACACGAGCAAGCCCAUCUCGCUACGCUUACGCGCAGCUUCGAGCCGAAGUUUCCGAUGCUCCCGAAGGAACUCGUCCGACACGUCGUGAGUUUCUGGCUCCACGCGGGCUACUACUGAGUGUAAGCUAUAUGUUGAUUGUGCGCACACAUCCACACGUUACCCACCGCUCACGAAAAUACGCUUAUAUAUACAUUAGUCCAUAGAAAACGCCUCGGCGUGCCGCGGGUCCAGCGCGACCGCGAACGCGUCGAUCAAAUCGCGCUGACACGAAAACAGCGGCAGGUCGAUGCGGUUGAAGCACGUAUGCGCGCGCGGGUACGCGCACUGCGCCAGCUCCACCGACGUCAGCGUGAAGGGCCUCAACACGCCGUCCCGCCCGUGCAACUUCGCGAACCCACCUAAGGGGCAUCGCGCGGACCCCGUGGCCCACCGGAGCAGCUCCGCCUUCUUUGUGUGGGAGAGGGAAGCCACGUACGCCCAGAACCACUCCACGACCUUAUGAGAAGGCGCGUCCUUGAACGCUCCUCUCAACCUCGUCUCGCGGCGCCACUCGUUUUCAUCUAUGUUUUCUACACCAGCUAACGCUUCCCGUAAUUCCUCGGGCGACUCCAGGAGGAGUAACGCAGCUCCAGGCACGACGUCGCGGAAGCCCCUUACUAAGGCACCGAUAGUCGAGGUCUGCUGCCCCCCUAGGUCAGCUGUGGCUCUUAGUCUCGCAAAUUCUUUCACGUUGCCCUCCGUGACCUCCUCGCAACCAUCUCCCCUCAAACUGAUGUCGUGGACGCCGUUUAGCGUAGGUCGCGCGACGGAAAAGGUCAGCGCCAGGUCGCCGAGUUGAGAGUCGUUCAUCGCACUGAUGAGCUCCAAGGACCGCGCGACCUCGGCGUCGAGCAACCGCAGAUCCUCCGUCAGCGACACCGGUAAGGAGAGAAGGUGCUUGAGCAAGACACCAUUGAAUCCUGAAGGGACGUGGUGGCCUUCCAGUAACGCUUUUCCGAGCAGUCUGCCCGCGAAGGUGAGGACGCGCUCUUCCGAACCCUGCAACGCAUCGGCCACGACGAAGUCGUCGUUCGGAUAAUAGGUACUGCCUUCGACAGUGCGAAAGACGCCCUUCGCCGGGUCCAUUAAUUCACUGAUAGCCUUGUAGAAGAACUCGCGCGAGACGCCGCCCGCGUCCAAACCAGGCUCGCCCCGAAACGUCACGAAGAAGGGCUGGCGCCAUUUUUCUGGAGGUAGCUCCCCCAACACACUAAUCGCGUCCCCAAAACAAUUGUCUCUUCUAACCGUGAAUUGCACGCGUCCCACCUCCCAAGAGACUCGUAGCGAGUCGAGCGCCGUCCGCAGCGUCGACGCCCGUUGUGCCAAGGGAGCCCCCUUCACCAACUCGAGCGCCAUCUGCUGGGCCGGCGAACAAUCAAGGGAGUAGCCCGUCGACGCAGAAGCGAGCCCACCGUUCCACACCAAAUCUUCCGACCCCGGCCAUCGAACCGACGCCGUGCCCUCCUCGAAGGUCAAGAGGCGCUCGACCUUCCGCCUGCGAGCAAAGGUCUCGAACAGGAAGCCGCGCGCCGAGUCGAGGAAGCCGCGCGCCGCAGAGGGCGUCGUCGGCUCCUUCGACAGGCUCCGCACCCUUUGUUCCUGGUCCGGCGACGCGACGUGCACGGGCGGCGUCGGGACGGUCGCCGUCUCCCCGUCGAUGUUGAUCUCGACGACGUCCUCGGCGGCCUCGACGUCGUCCAGCAGCGUCGUGACCGUCGCGGGCGCGAAGACCUUGCGUUGGCGUUGCCGCCGUCGGACGACGACGGCGGCGGCGACGAUUAACGUGAAGAGGGCGGCGGCGCCGCCGGAAGCUCCAGCGGCGUCGAAGGGUUCUCUUGUACUGGAUGAUUGGUCCUCGGCUGUAGAAUCAUCGUUCACGGGCACGAUGACCGCCACCUCGGACCGCUCCCGGAUGUAGGUCUGGGAUCUUUCCACAUCCACGGCCGCGUACAGCGGGUCGUUUGCUAACCUUUCAGAGAAGUCGUCGCAGGCGACCGCAUCUGCCAACCGGGUUAAUAAAGCGUUUCCAUCAGAGCCAGGCGCCUCGACCACAAAAGAAACGACGCACGACUCCGCCAGCCGCCGGUGCAUGCUCUUCGAGGAGAUGGCUUCCUCUAAAGCUUCAGUGUCGUCGGCCACCGCGGUCACGUCCGUCACUUUCGAACCGACUAGUUCCGCCUCGAGCGCCGCCUUGACGGCGGCCGCGUCGGCGGCCGUGAAAGCGUCUGCGGAGACGCCCUCGAGCACCAAAGCCGACGACGCGACGGUCGUGGCGGAGAUCGUCGGCACGGGCGUCGGCCGCGGGGUUGGUAGUGGAGCGUGCGGGGCGACAUCGUUGGCGCCGCACCAUUGAGCGUUGCUGCAGCUCUCGCAGUUAUCGCGAGAAAAGGAGCACCAGUCCGUUUGUGACGCCGGCGCGUCGCAGGAGGCGCAGACGUCGUCGGUCGAGCUCCAGAAGCAGCAGCCCUCGAAGGGUGUUGUCGUAGGACCAAGUGUGGGCUUUGAUGAAGGCGCCGGCGUCGGCCGGGGCGUCGGUUUCGGCGUCGGCGCGAAGACGGGCGCCGCCGUCGGGUUCCCGGGCGUCGCGGUGGGCGACGGCGACGGCCUCGGCGUGGGCGCGGGCGUCGGCGACGGCGUGGGCCGCGGACUCGGCGCCGGGGUCGGCCUCAUUGAUGGAAGCGGCGUGGGCCGGCGGCUGGGCCUCGCCGUCGGCAGAGGCGUGGGAAUUGGCGUGGGCCGCGGCGUGGGCUUCGGAGUUGGUCUCCGAGUCGGCAUCGGCGUCGGUCGCGAGGUGGGCCGCGGCGUCGGCGCGAAGACCGGGCUGGCCGUGGGGCUGCCGGGCGUCGCGGUCGGCGUCGGCGUCGGGCGCGGCGUCGGUUUGCUGGACGGCAUUGGCGUCGGCCGCGGCGUGGGGUGAGCGGUGGGCCGCGGCGUCGGGCUCGCGGUAGGCCUCGACGUAGGUUUUGGCGACGGCGCCGGCGAUGGCACAGGCGUCGGCCGGGGCGAUGGGCGCGGCGACGGGCGCGGCGUGGGCUUCGAGGUCGGCGCAGGCGUCGGGCGCGGUGUUGGCCGUCUCGUCGGCUUUGAUGAAGGUCGCGGCGUGGGCAUCGGCGACGGGCGGCGCGUCGGCCGGACGCUCGGUCGCGGCGUCGGGGCCGGUGAAGGGCGUGGCGUCGGCCGAGCGCUCGGGCGCGGCGACGGCGCGAAGACGGGCGCCGCCGUAGGGUCGCCGGGCACCGGCGUCGGCGCGGGCGUCGGGCGCCGCGUCGGUCUUGCCGAAGGCGACGGCGACGGUCGAGGCGUGGGCCUCCGCGUCGGGCGCGGCGUUGGCCGUCGCGACGGCGCCGGCGUGGGCCUCGGAGAGGGCGCGAGGACCGGCGCGGCCGUGGGGUCGCCGGGCUGUGGAGAGGGCGACGGCGUCGGGCGCCGGCUCGGCCGGAGCGUCGGUCUAGGCGUAGGGCGCGGCGACGGUGCGGGCGUGGGCCGCCGACUCGGUUUGUUUGUGGGCCGCGGCGUCGGCUUCGAUGAAGGGCGUAAGGACGGCCGCGGCGUCGGCUCGGAGGAGGGCUCUGAAGAAGGCCGCGGCGUCGGCGCGAAGACUGGAGAAGCGGUCGGGUCGCCCGGUUCCGGCGUCGGUUCUGCUGAAGGCUCCGGCGUCUCGCACUCGCCGUUGGCACCCGCGAUUCCCGCGAUGCCGCAAUCAUAACUGUAGCACUUCGUCUGCCCGAACAGCCCCCCAAUACCGGUAUAGGCGGGAAUGCACCACCCCAGAUCUUGGUCGAACGCAGUAGCGCCCCAGAACAUGUCCGAUGCAUCCGCGACGCCGUCGAGACUCCAAUCACUCAAAUCCUGGUUGAAGGACGUCGCUUCCGUGAACAUGGCCAUCAUAUUCGUGACUUGAUUUAGGGACCAGUCAUUCAGAGGCCGGUUGAAGGCUGCCGCAUUGUAGAACAUUUCUUGCGUCGUCGUUACGGAACUGACGUCCCACCCUUCGAUGUUCUGGUCGAAGGACGUAGCACCAGAGAACAUGGCUUGGAGGGACGUCGCCGUCUCGGGGUUCCACCCACUAAGCUCUUGGUUGAACGACGAGGCCUUCUCGAACAACGAAGACAUGUCUCGCACCGACGAGACGUCCCAUCCAUUGACACGGCCGUCGAAGGCCGACGCGGCGACGAACAUCUCCUCCAUCGUCAGUACGGAAGACGUGUCCCAUCCAUCUAGAUCUUGGUUAAAUGAUGAUGCUAAAUAGAACAUGCGGUCCAUCGACGUGACGGCGGACGUGUCCCAGUCGUUGAGCGGUUCGUCGAAGGCGCCCGCGUUCCCAUGGCAGCCGGACCACUGACUAUUUCCACAGAAUAAAUAUGAAAAGUCCGUCACGGUAGACGUGUCCCAGUCGCUUAUGUGGCCGUACAGAAGUUCGGCCUUCGAUGAAUCGUCGAGCCAGUGGUGCACGGCCGUCCGGAUAUUAGCAUCGGUCAUGACGUUGUUCGUCGUCGGCUCGGGCGUCGGUUCUGGGGACGGCUCCGGCCUGUGUGCGAUGGACCAUCAGUUGCGUUACGUGGAUCGCAUCGAUGGCGUCGAGGCAGCCUGGACCCCCCCAACACGCCGUCGCGACCGGCGCGAGUCGCGUGGAGAUGAGUCGAGAGGCGCCACGCAAAAUUUGAUUCGCGCGCCGGGCCCGACGUCGGCUCCGCCGACGGCUCCGGCGUCUCAAAACAAGAAUUGUCCAGCUCCAGGAUGUCGCCCGACCCUUCGUUUUUGCAUUUCCACCGGCCGUUCGUCCCGACGCCAUACACGCAGUUCUGCAGCGGACUAAAGCGCCCGUCAAUAUAUCCAGAGCAGGUCUCGCAGCUCUGCGGCAGGUGCCAGGUCCCUCCACCGCAACUCACGCCGUCGGGCAAGACCACUCGACCGUCGACGGUCUGGGCGUCCGUCGGCUGCGGUUGCGAAGGUCUUGGCGAAGGUUGUGGUGUUGGUCGUACGGAGGGCGCCGGCGCGUGCGGCGCGAUAUCACUGGAACCGCACCACUCCGCAUUACUACAACUCUCGCAGUUGCUCCGCGAGAACGAGCACCAGUCCACAUUGGCAGCGGGCUGGUCGCAGUCUCCACAACUAUCGCCGGACGAGGACCAAAAACAACAGCCCUCGAAGGGUACAGAAGUGGGUUCCGGCGUCUCGACGCAGUCGCCGCCGUCCUCCUCGUAGCAAGAUAAAUCACAAUGCUGCAGGAACUCGUAGUGGUCGUCGCAGUCGCCGUUCCCGACCCAGGACUCGGGGCAGCAGUGUCCUCCCUCGCAAUCUUCCACAUAACCGUCCUCGCAGUACAAGUAGGUCGGCGCCGGCGUCGCGCCGCACCAUUUUGUAGAGCGGUUCGGUACGGUAUCUUCAUUGACACAGGUCGCCAUGCCGUCCCAGGACGCGUGGACCGAUUCGUCGACACAAGCCACUUCAUUGGAAUCGCUCAGGUAGACCCAGCAGGCGCCGCAGCCCCCAUAACAUAAGUCGCAGGCGUCCUCCACAAAGGCUCCGUCCUGGACGCAGUGGGGCGCGCCGUGGCUGAGGCGGCGUUCUUCAUGAAUAGGGUGCGGCGUCGACGCCUCGGCGGCGUUCUUGCGCAGGGGCAGCGGGGCAGCCUUUGCCGCACCGUAGGGGCGGAUCGUGCCGUCCGCGGCCGCCGUGGCGAGGAGCAUGCUCCACAGGAUUGCCCUUACCGGCACCAUCUCCCUUUGGCAGCCCCAGCGUCGCGAAAGCGGCUCCAAUUUCGCUCAGCGGGCUGCCUCGGCCCGUUUUACCUGCUGCCGCAAUUCAUCGUUUGUACGUUCGUUGUGCGACGAGCUGCGCGCGCGUAACCAACGAGAGUAGCUCCAUUUCCCGGAGACUGCCGCCCGAAAGCUAGUGGACUUUACGGCAACAACGGCCCGAAGAAAAAAUGACAGCCCCGCUGGACGCCUCGGGCCUCGCCAGAGGACCGCUACCGGCCGCGGGGCAGCCGUGGGCUGCUCCAUGUGCGCUCAAGCCCGAAAAGCUGCCCCAUCGCUCGCUGGCGCCCUAAUUCGGGCUGCGAACUCUCACUCAGGCCGUCCAGCAUGAUGCUCGCGCCUCGUUACGCCCCCAAGUACGUUUUGAUCGUUCCAGAAAAACCCGUGUUUUUCGGGUCGCAAGCUUUUUGGCCAGCGCGUUGAUCCGGUGCCAAAAGAGCACAAAAUGGGAACGCCGCGCAGCCCCUGCCAGCAGAUGACCGACGCCGCCCCCGCGGGCAAGCGCCGCACGUUCCGCCUGCCGUGGGAUUUUCACAAGCCCCAAAAGAGCCCCGGCAAGCAAAGUCUGCUGCGGUUCCCGCCGCUGGGCAAGACGGAGAGCUUCGCGCGCAUCCUCACGCACUGGGACAAGCGCAAGGCGUGCGCGAUCCUCGCCGAGCAGCAGUUCCUCGAAAACGUGUACCGCGCCGCGCGACCCGACCCGGCGCCGGUCCUCGCGGAGGUCUUCGCGGAGCCGCCCGCCAAGAAGCGCCGCGUCGCGUGAGCGCCCGACCCCUGUUUUAAGACUCUCUGUGCACACAUCAAAAUCGUUAUUUACAGUUUCAAGCUAAAGCCCGACGCCUCGCCCGGGUCCUCAUCAUCGACAUCCUCAUCGGUAUCGCCGUCGUCCGUCCAGGAGUCCGUCUCCUCCACAAUUGACGAGACGCGGACUUGGGGAGGCGCCUUCGCCUCCGGUGGUGGAGACGACACGGCGCUUAUUAAGAGAUCCACAUUCGCCCGGAAGAACAGUAGGGAGCAGCCCCACAGUAACAUAUGCACCGGUAAGCCGCGGAACUCGAGCCCAUAGGCAACAACCAGCCAGAGGCCACAACUCAAGACCCAGUUCCUCAAGGGUCUUAAAAUAAGUCUCCAGUCGUCGACGACGACAAGCAACAACGGGAGCCACCACAAAAAAUAUUGCGCGGUGCAGACCUUAUUGGCGGCCACGAAGAGCAAAGUCUGGGCGAGGGCGCAUUUAUCUAUAUCAUCUUUCAAGGCUACGAGUGACGCGGCCUGCAGUACCACAUGAGCCGCGAAGGGCGCUAGUUUGAGUAGGAGGUUUAACCUUGAAUCUUGCAGCGCCCUACUAAGAUAAAUGGGCAGCCAGAAGACACUAAACGAGUGGCGGUGGUCCGCUCGCCUUAAAUGAAAAAGCAGGGCCUCCUCCACAUAUACAUUGCCAUAUGUAUGAUAGGCGUAGAGCGUCGGUCCGAGGAGACCAGAAGCGAACGCCAGACCAAACGCCAGAGCCCUGCCCCACGUAAUUCGUCGUCGUGCUUCGAAGCAGAGGUUGUACAAGAAGGGCGCAGCAUAGAUGACUGGAUAGAGCCGUAAAUGAGUCGCCAGACCCAGCAAUAAACCCGCUUGCACGGGAGCCCGCUUGCUCAGUAGCGCUUUCAGCACAAGAUAAACGCUCACGGCGUCCCAGGACCCGCGCGUGCACAGAACGAUAGAGAUCGGGUUGAACAACCAGAGCAACCGCACGUGCGACGACGCGCCUCGAUGGGAAGCGAGUUGACCCAUGGCGUCGCCUAGCAGCACGUCCAUCAGACAGAACAGCAGCUUGGCCAGCGGUAGCCCCGUCUUUACAUCUAACAGUAAAGGGUAUGAUACAAGUGGCGAAUACCGAUACGUCGCUCGCUGGAACGGACUGCCGCCUUGCACCAUGGCGCGCGCGCCGUCCUUCAAAACGUCAUAAUCCACGUCCGUGUAGCGCAGCCCCAAGGGCUUGUAGGCGUCGAUUAUCGACGCGACGGCUACCAAUGCAAAGCGCAGGGCGAGGGCUGCUGCCGUGAUUGCUGGUGCAUGCUGUUGGGAGCCGCCGCGGCGGGCGGGCGAGGGCAUGCUGAGGCGUCGCUCAACGACCUCGGCGCGUCGGCACGACGUCUGGCAGCCACAAAAAAGCCCCAAAACUCGGAGAGCUGGAGCUAGCGGCAUGUAAGACACUAGGAAGCGGCUGCCGUGAUGUCGUUCGAGUGGGCGCGAGAGAGCACCAUGCACCGGGCACGCGUCAGCGUCCGCCGGUCUCCGGGACCUCCACGGGGUCGUUUGCGUGUCACGCGCGCGGCCCCCAGCUCCGGAGUAAACCUCCGCCGAGCGCCUCCCCGGGAGGCCGUGCGCCUCCGGCAGGCCCUACUACGAGACGCAGACGCAAAGUUGAGGCUACUAGCACGGCUGGUACGCACAACCAAAGGGCCACGUUUGCGCGCGCACCGACUGGUACGUGCGAGUGGUAGGGCAGCCGCAGGUGCUGCGCAACCCGCCGGGACGAUGGCCCCCUUCGCCCGGAACGACAAGACGGUCCUCGAGAUCGCGCUGCCGGCGCUCGUCGGGUGCAAUGCCGGUGUCUCUUGAGCAGCUCGCCUAGUUGACGCAUCGCCGACGGCGCGCCGGCGCGCCGAGCCGCGCACCGCGGCGAUGGGAGUUCAGAGGACCGCCGGCGCGCGUCGCCGCGGCCGGCGCUCUUCCAGGAAGAGCUGGCUUGCGGCCGCGGCGGCGGCGCGAUACGCGCGUGCCACCCCCGUCGCCCUGGCGCGGGACCGCGGCGGCGCGCCACGCACAGCACGCAGCGAGGACUCCUCGAUGCGGAGUGCGGGCCCGCGGCGCGCUAGGGAGAGAGAGACUCGAUCGCAUCGCGCGGCAGCGACAUGACGCCACGCCCCUCGCAGCGGCGUUUUAGCACUAGCCUUCACGACGUACACGUUCUUCUCGCUCAAGGGCGAGCCCACGGGCAAGGACGUCGGCCGUCCUUUGGUGGACAAGUACGGCGCGAUGAUCAAGGAAGGCGCGAUGGCGUUUCUGAAGGAGGAGUACAAGUGGCUGAGCGUCUUCGUGGUCUUGUUGGGAGGCAUCCUCUGCGCCCUUUUUUCGGUGGAGGACCAGCACACGAAGCUCGACGGCGUGCUGACGACCUUCGCCUUCUUCCUCGGCGCGAUCCUCAGCGCGUCGGCCGGCUGGCUCGGCAUGAUGGUGGCCACGGACGGCGCGCUCGCGGCGUCCCACGUCGGUGCCUUCACUUCAAUACGACUCGUCUCCAGGAACGAUGGACGUGGGUGGUUUCUUCUUCGAGUUUGAGGCCGUUCGGACACCGCGAUGCGCCGCGCAGGCAACACGCGCACGACGGCGGCCUGCGCCGGGAAAGAAGUGAAGGACGCCCAGGGCAAGGUCACGGGCGGCACGGGGUCGCUGAAUGACGGGUUGCGCGUCGCGUUCAAGGCCGGGAGCGUCAUGGGAUUUGUGGUCGUCGGUGCGAUCUCGGCGUCCCGUCGUGUGGAGGCGCCUUCACUUCACUGAUACGACUCGCGUCCAUCAGACGAGGUCGUGGGUGGUUUCUUUUUUGAUUUUGAGACCGAAUCGAGAGACCACGAUGCUCCGCGCAGGCCUUGGGUUAGUGGGCUGCGCGGGCUGCUUCUGCGUCCUCGCCAUCCAUAAUGGAUUGGGCAAGACGGAGUCGCUCCAAAUUCUGGCGGGCUUCGGGUUUGGUGCUUCAAGCAUCGCUUUGUUCGCGCGCGUGGCCGGCGGCAUCUACACGAAGGCCGCGGACGUCGGCGCGGAUCUAGUAGGCAAGGUCGAGGCGGGCAUCGACGAGGACGACCCGCACAACCCGGCCGUGAUCGCCGACAACGUCGGCGACAACGUCGGCGACGUCGCGGGCAUGGGCGCGGACCUCUUCGAAUCGUAUGUUGGGAGCAUCAUCGCCGCGGCGACGCUGGCCAAGCGGGACAACGAGAUCGCCUUACCUUUUUGGUUGAGCGCGUGCGGCGUCGUCGCGGCGAUGGUCGGGACCUGUGUGGAAAUCAACCAGUGAGUCUCGAGACUCGGACACGAUCUCCGAGAGAUACACUCGACCGACUGGAGCGAGCAGCACCUCACGCAAACGAAGCACAAGUUGAACUUUGAUUUCCACACAGAUUGGGACCAUGGCCGUCAGCACGAACGAGAAGGGCGAGGGCUGGAACUCGAACUUGGGUGCCUUGAUGUGGGCCCUCGAGAAGGGCACCAUGUUAGCUGGUGUGCUCUUCCUGGGCCUCGCGGCGGCGUGCUGCCACUUAUUGGGGGGCAUGUGGGGGGCCUACAUCUGCGUCUUGAUCGGUCUGGCCUGCGGCAUGGUCAUCGGGAAGAUCACGGAGUACUUCACGAGUUUUGAUUUUGCUCCGGUCAAGUCCAUUAAGGCUCGGGGCGCGACGGGCCCCGCGACCGUGACGAUCCAGGGCCUCGGCGUGGGCAUGAUCUCCUGCGUGCCGACGAUCGUCGUGUUAGUCUGCGCCAUCUUAGGAUGCGCGGCGAUCAAGGGCGAGUACGGCGUCGCGAUCGCGGCCGUCGGGAUGUUAGCUACUCUAGGAAUCACUUUAGCUACCGAUGCUUAUGGUCCCGUCGCGGACAACGCGGGCGGGCUGGCGGAGAUGGACCCCGCGAUCCCCGACGAGGUGCGGUGCAUCACGGAUUCGUUGGACGCUCUGGGGAACACGACGGCCGCGACCGGGAAAGGCUUUGCGAUCGGGUCGGCCGUGCUCACUUCCCUCAGUUUGUUGGCGGCCUUCAAGGAACAAGCUCAAUUAGAUGUUUCAUUACUCGCCGUGACCGAUCCGUAUGUGUUGAGCGGCAUGCUCUUCGGCCCGCGCCGGCGUCCGAAUUCGGCCCAAAUUUCGACGAGAGACCACCCGUCGCCUCCUCUCCCGGAGACGAUUCAUGAAGAUGGCGUGGCAUCACGUUUUGAACCUCGCAGGCGCCAUGCUGCCCUACAUGUUCGCGGCCCUCACGAUGAUCUCCGUCGGCAAGGCCGCCGCCGAGAUCAUCAUGGAGGUCCGCGACCAAUUCCACAACCGCCCCGACCUCGUCGCCCAGGACGGCAAGACCACCCUCAAGGAUUGUAUUAUUAUGGCGUCGAACGGCGAGCCGAUUCCUCCCCACAUGGACGUCAUUCCCGACAGCAACAAAUGUGUGGCUAUCAGUACCAAGUCGUCGGUGCGGGAGAUGAUCGCGCCCGGCGCCUACGCGAUCCUCGCGCCCUUGUUCGUGGGCUUCUUGGUCGGUCCCCGCUGCUUGGUGGGUAUGUUGGCAGGUGGCAUUGGAAGUGGUGCCAUGGUCGCGAUAAUGAUGAGCAACGCCGGCGGCGCCUGGGACAACGCGAAGAAGUACUGCGAGAAGGACGGCACGAAGGCGACGACCUGUGCAUAAAUCAACCGGUGUGGCUCGGUCGCGCCGUAACAUUUUGAUUUCCACACAGGGCCUGUCCAAGGUCAAGAACGCCGACGGAAGCUUAGCUCAUCCGAUGAAGAAGACGUGGUACGACGCGUGUGUGGUGGGCGACACGGUCGGCGACCCCUUCAAGGACACGUCGGGGCCGGCCCUGAACAUCCUCAUCAAGUUGAUGAGCAUGGUCAGUCUCACGAUUGCUCCUUUACUGAAGACGUACGACAAGCACUGGGAGUUCUACUACUGGGGCUUCCCGCCGCUCGGUUUGUUCGUGGUCUUGACGGCGGCGCUGGUCUACACCGGAAUAUUAACGUGGGAGGACCCCAUCGGCAAGAUGCUCGACGAGGGCGAGAAAAAAGUUGAAUCUGCGCCUUCGGUGGUCUCGAACAAGGAGGUCGAGCUCGUCGCCUAGAAUGAUCCUACCCCUAGCCCCCCCCCACUCGUAACUAGGAUCGACUCGGGAGUCACAGACACUACAUUCUUAACGUGCGGAUCAAAAUCUCCCGGUCCGUAUCGGCGCGGCGCGUCGGCGCCAUGCGCAGCGUCUCCGGGGGCCGAGGCUGCGUUUUCAUGGCUGCGACGGCCGCGGCGCGCGCCACCCGCCAGGAGUACGACGCCGGGUCGAGCAUUGAGCUGUGGCCCUCGCCCUUUAUCUCGUGGUACUCGGUAGGAAUGCCGCCCGUCGCCGCGGCGACGACGAAGCGCGUCGACAGCGCCGGCGGGACCACCGCGUCGUCGAGGCCGUGGACCAGCGAGAACGACGUCUCCACAACCAGUAAUUCCUCCCAGGCCGUCCAGGCCGCGGUGCGCAGCGACGACGUCAUCGCCGGCGGCAGGAGCGCGAUCGGCGAGUCGCCGCUCACAUCAAUCCCGAGCGCGCGCGCCUCGCGCAGGUCCAGCGGUGCCCCACAUGCGACGACGCCGCGGAGGCGCGCGGAGGUCGUGGACGUCCCUCGGAGCUUUGGAGACCCUCGGAGCGCGUGUCGGAAAGCCAGUUGACCACCGACGCCGUGUCCGAUCAGCACGACGUCGUUUGUGAGACCCAGCGCGGCGGCCUCGGGGCUGGCAAGCCAUUCCAUGGCUGUUUCAACGUCGCCCGAGCCUCGGUAGUCGAAGUUGACGCAGUGGUACGCCGUGCGUGCAAUGACGUCCCGCGCGACCGCGUCGAGCGAGCCUCGCGACGCGGUCAGGCUGUCGUGCAGCAACGCCACGACGGGCCGUCGUCCGGGUUGCAAGUAGAGGUCCGCCUCUCGCGGGCCGUAGCUCACGGUCGUCGCGUCCGUCGCGGCCACGGCGGCGGUUGGCGCGAGAGGCAGCGUUAAGGCGGCGCGGCGACCGAUGCCAUUGCUGAGGCAAGGGUGCGGAGUGCGCAAGGCGGUGCACAGCUGCAAGAAGAAGGCCAGGAGCCCACGCAUGGAUCAAAUCAUGACUCCAAAACGCGGUCUGCGAUGCGACAACGCAUGUGUGCAAUGACUGCGGCGCUUGAGUCGAUCCUGCGAGGCUAGCGUCCUGUAAGACACUAGCAGGCAAAAACAAGCAGCUGACUACUCGUAUUUGCAUCGGUUUUGCAUCCUGUUCGCGCGUUGGAUAGCUUGCCAGACGACCAGUGGCCCGCGCGUACAGCUCUCCCGGCAGCGGUCGUCGCGGUGGCCCGUAACUGCAGAGCGCUCUCCCAGCACCACAAGCUCCUUUGCCCGCCGCGCCGGCAGCGGAAGCCACCGCAAAACGCGGACGCCGCAGCGCUCACCACAGAUGGAGAACGCCACGCGCCAGAUGGAAAGGCUGAUCGCGAGCUGGCCGCCGCCACCAGAUUCUCCGGGCAUGACGCCACCACCCCCCGGACAUAUCGUCGUCGACGCGAUCCGCGUCGAAAUGACAAAGGCGCACUCGAAGCUCGACCCCGCCAGAGUCCUCAAAAAAGAAAAGCAAUUAGUGUAUGUUUUUUCAGUGGAAGAAAACGGCGACCACCGCGACAACGUCACGAAACGUUUUUCGGAAGUGAAAAAGUUCUGGGAAUCGUUAACGGACCAGGCCGAGGCUUGUGGGGCUGAUUUGCCGCCUUUUCCUAGACAUUCCGCCUUCUUAUCUGGAAAUGGUGUCGCGGGCAACUUGUACGAGUCUGAUGCGCAAUCUGAUUUCGCGGCGGAGCGCCUGGAGUUACUGCGAGGCCUCGCCGAAGCAUUAACGACGGCUACCAAUGCUACGGGCGGCUCCUUGUUCGGUCUGAGGCUGGUCCGGGCCUUCUUCGAGCUCGACCGGAGGGAUACACCAUUACUACCGGUGGCGCGGCCCGUACGAAGGAGGUACACGCUCGAUUCCGCUCAAAAGAGAUUGAAGGACGCUCAAACAAAGCUGGAGAGUCUGGCUUUGAAUUCGCGGCCGUCGCUGAUCGGGGCGUUUUUACGAGCGACGCCCUGCGCCUUCUGUGCAGUGUUCGUCCUAGCUAUGACCGUACUAACAGGGUAUACUUAGAGUUCGCUUCUGAUGGAAACACCAUCUCCCGUUGAGACGAGAGACAAUGACCGCUCCCCCCGCAAGACGCGCUCGGCGAGUUGUGUGGCCACCACUUGAUCCACGUACCUUCUGAGAGGUCGAGCGCCGUACGCCUCCAAUUCGUCGCUACAAGCGUCCACGACAGCCGAAGCCGCGUCGUCACUCAUUUGUAUGAGGAGGCCGUGCUCCUCCGAAGCGAGCUCCGCAAGAGCCUCCAGAUGUACGGAAGCGAUACGAAUCAACGACUCUGUAUCCAAUUUUUCAUAAAUCAACACGCGAUCCAGCCGAUUCAGGAACUCGGGCUUGAACCUAGAAGAAUCUUUCGCAUUCGUAGUAAGUAUGACAUAAGCGUGCGAGAAGUCGACAACUCGGCCCUUCGAAUCCGUCAACCGCCCGUCCUCGAGCACUUGUAAAAAAACGUCAAACACAUCCGCAUGGGCCUUCUCGGCCUCGUCCAGUAAAACGACGGCGUAGGGCCGUCUUCUUACGGCUUCCGUUAACUGGCCGCCAUCGUCGUGGCCGACGUAGCCGGGCGGAGCACCUACUAACCGAGAAACAGAAUGCUUCUCGGCGUACUCCGACAUGUCGAUGCGGAUCAACGCGCGGGCGUCGUCGAAGAGCUCUUGUGCCAAUGCCCGUGCCGUUUCCGUUUUACCGACGCCGGUCGGUCCCAGCAGCAGAAACGCACCGCGCGGUCGCUGCGCAUCUCGUAAACCCGCUCUUGCGCGUAGUACAGCGCCCGCAAUCGCAUCCGUGGCUCGUUUCUGGCCCACGACUCUUCUAGACAGUCGUUCCGCUAGAUCGAGCAGUCGUUGCCCUUCGUCCAAGGACAGGCGCGCUACGGGAAUACCCGUGCUUCGCGCGACGACCUCGGCCACAUCAGCGGCCGAGACGACGUCCGUAGCACCAUAUGUUGAUGAUGCGUUCUGCGCACUUCGGACCGCGUCCAACCGCCGCCGCUGCAGCACCGAGAGCUGCCUCUUCCCUUCAUUGACCUCAUCAUAACGUGAACGGCGCUCCUGCGUCGCGAUGUCUCUCUCCACAUCCUCAAUUUCCAAGUUAAUAGCUCGGAGCUCGUCAUAAAACGACUUCUCCGCGCGCCACGCUGAUGUAGCCUCCUGCCUCUUGGCGUCGGCAUGCGCGUAGGAGCUUCGAGCCGAAUCGAGCUUCCGCACCAGCUCCACGUCCAUAUUUUUCGGCGAAGAAAAGAAAUACGUUCCGAGAAAUCCUUUCUUUCUCAGAGAAAUUUCCGUCUCCAAAGCUUGCACUUCGCCCAACAACGCGUUCGCCGCUUGGUUCAAUGAAUCUAAGAUUUGGGGCCUACUAUCUAACAGUACACGUCUCCGGGCGCAGGCUUCGUCCAAGAGGUCAAUCGCGGAGUCGGGCGAGUGUCUCUCACUGAUAUAUCGUUCAGCUAAGACAGCAGCGUGCUGCAACGACUCAUCUAAGACACGGACGCCGUGGUGGGCUUCGUACGUAUCUCUCAGACCUCGCAGGAUAGCUGUGGUGGCCGAAACGUCGGGCUCUGUUACAGAAACGCGUUGCAGCCGCCGCUCGAACGCCCCGUCCCGCUCGAUGUGCUUCAUGUACUCGGAGUCCGUAGUGGCGCCGAUGCACCUUAAUUGCCCUCUCGCUAGGGCGGGUUUGAGCAAGUUCGCGGCGUCGGCGGCGCCUUGACCUGCGAACGGCCUCGAAAUCGACAAAGAAACCACCCACGUCCAUCAUUCCUGGAGACGACUCAUAUCAAGGAAGUGAAGGCGCCGCAACACCUCAAAACGCCGAGAUACGCACCGCCCGCGCCAAUGAGCAUGUGCAUCUCGUCGACGAAAAGUAUCGACGACGGGUCCCGCUCCAAUUCCUGGACGACGGCCUUCAACCUAGCUUCAAACGCGCCUCUCUGGGAAGCGCCGGCCAUCAGGAGCCCCAAAUCCAACGCCCAGAUCUUCGCCCGUCGGAGCGGCUCCGGGACAGCACCCUCCAGUACGCGAAGCGCCAGACCCUCGACGACGGCCGUCUUGCCGACGCCCGGCGGCCCCGUGAGCACGGGAUUGUUCUUCUUCCGUCGCGAGAGCACUUGGACGAGUCUUCUUAUCUCGGAAUCUCUUCCUAUCACAGGGUCCAGUUGCCCGUGCUCCGCCCUUUCAACGAGCUCGAUGGCGUACAACGACAAGGCGUCGAAGGUCUCGGCCGCGUCUUCCACUCCCGCUGCUUUGGCCGCUUUUUUGGUCGCGUCUCGUACCGCUUGGAUAGUCGUGCCACUCUUGGGAACGCACUUCUUUAGAGGUUCAUCGUCUAGUAACGCAAUGAGGAGGUGGGCCACGGUGCCUUUACUGCCGGAGACCUCCCUCAAGAUGCGUUUGUAGGUGUCCUGCGCGGAGCAUCGCGGUCUCGUCCGAACGGCCUCUUCCGCAAAAAAGAAACGACCCACGUCAUCGUGAGAUGGCCACGAGUCGCGUCGAUGGCGUGAAGGCGCCUCCACACGACGGGACGCCGAGAUCGCACCUCCAAGAUGGCAGAUUGCGGGGUGUUGUCGUUGUCGCCUCGAGGCAAUCUCCGCAACUCCUUCCGGAGUUCGGCGUGGAGGAGAGCGGCGUCGCCGCCCGCCGACUUCAGCACUCGACUGGCCUGUGUUGUACAGAUUACGCGAGGCGCGUGGACUCUCUGAUGAUCAUGAAGACAUCGCUACGACGCCGUCGACGCAACUUGAAGUUCAGAAAACUUCGGAAAAGACGCUGAGUCAGCACGAAGGUGUUCGGGUCGGAGAAGAGAGUUGUGGCCACGUGGUGCGGCUCGAGGAGCGCGUGGCGCCGCUGCCGCGCGAGGUCCUUGGCCGCUUCGACGGCCUCGAGGGCCUUGUUCGUCAGGAUCAAGGUGCGUUGGGCGGUCACGGCGGUUAUGAUGGAUAGGUAGAUUAGGCUGCCCAUGGUGCUGUCGAUGCGUGAGGGCAGCCACCGGGAAAGCGCCUCCGGGGCACGCGCCCGCUUCUCUAGAAAGCUACCUCGUUCAGAUCUACCACCGCCUGGCCGCAGGCACGCGGUGGGAGCGCCCGUCCUCGAUUUAAAUUUUUGCUUUAGCUAGCGCAGAUGGAUGCUAGCGCUAGCGCUCGGCUGAGCCUGCCCAGGCGCAUUGCGGCGGCCCAUAGGCGCGGGCGACGGGUCGAAGGCGUCAUCUGGCACGGCAGCCGUGCGCUUGCUACGUUUGGGCUGCCUCCCGGGGCCUAGGUAGCGCUCAGACCCACCCAUGGCCGAGCAGCGCCGGGACGCCCCCGCGGCAGCCGUGACCAAGGUCAAGAAGAUCGGCCACGUAAGAAUCGCGGCGAGGGAGUUCGAGAAGGGCGCCGCCCUGCCGCUGAAGGAGGCCUGCCGGGCCCUCUUCACGGCGAGCCACCGCGACGACGGCGUGAACGACGCCGACCGGCUCUGGUGCGGCCACGGCAUUGCCAUCGUGCUACCUGGUGAUUUACUCGACAAUUUGAGAGGCGUGGGCAUGGAUCCCUUAACGAAUGAAGAGGUCCCGGUGCUACCGCCACAACGCCUACGACUACUCCUCAGUCCCGCGCCGAUGUGGCCAAUCGAUCCCUUCUCCGCGAAAAGGUCCGUGGCGGCCUUCGUCGAAGAUCUCCCCACUGACGACACUGAGUCGUCGGACAGCGAGAUCGACAUACCUGCCAGGAGACCUACGGUCGUGACGUGUUCACCAAAUGACGCGUUUUACGCGUCCCACAAAAACGAGCCCUCGCAUCUCGUGCUCUGUGCGGCUGGGUCAUCGGAGCCCCACUGCCCCAUUGAGUCAGCACCAUUCGGCGUCCACGUAUCUCAGAAGGUACUGAGGAGAGGAGACAGGAUCGUCAUCGCGCGGCCGGCCGACUGCCUCGAUGCUGCUGGAAGACGCCAGAAGCGGUCGCAAGUCACAGUGGAUACGAAGAACGUCAUGCCUCCAGGUGAGGCGAAGGCCGCUCAUACGUUGUGUCGCGGCGUGAUCCGACACGUGGCCGCGGGACGGUUCUUUUACGACGUCGCGCCGGAGGACCACGAGGCGCACUGUUCCAUGCUUUGGACUGGUAGUGCCAUCUUUCGGGUCGUGAACGCGCCUACGGGUGCCAAGGCUUAUCGGGGUCGAUCUCAAUCUUUUAAGAGUAUGAGAGUGGAGUUAAUUGGUUUAAGGUCGAGACCGCGACCGCAACCGCCGCGCGACGUCGACGCUCUUAUAAGACGCUACGACCUCGACGCGGACGAAAGUUCGCAAGGGACGCGCGAUUCGGCUCUGUUAGGUGCUGUGCACAUCGACGAGGGCCGCGAACGCGCCAAGCGUCUCCGAGAGAAGUGGAGGGAGCCCCAUAAUAGUAGAGGGCGGUGGACCCACGAAGGUAUUGGAAUAGAUUCCUUUUUGGACCAGGUCCGGGCCGAGGGCGAUGAAAGGGAGCGACUACGGGACCUGAAACGCCAGGAGCCGCCUCCGGUAAGACGGGACGACGGCGGGCAACGGGCCAUCAAGCGCAUCCUCCGAAGACAACUGAAAGAGUUUUUCCUGGGCGAGCCGUGGGUCCCGGGUGCUGACUCGGCGUGAUUUCCAGCCUUUCCGAACUUCAACUUCGCAUCGAUGGCGUCAACGCGACGCGAUGCCACCGUGACGCCGUCGACGUGGCCGUGCGAGAGUCUGCGCGUCGCGUGAGGGAGCCGCGGCAGUUUCGCGACGCCGUCGUUCGACGCAGGCCCCCCUCCAGACCUAGACAAAAUGGACAGCGCGCCGCGCUUCGUGGCGGAGAACUGCGCGUUGAAAGGUGUUGAUAGUCUGAUGAAGCUGGCCAUGGCCUACAUUGGUAUUAACCGGUUAGAUGGAGCUGCGGAAUGCUUGACUUGCGUCGCGCGGGCCUGUGCCAAGCCUGGAACUGAAGGUCUGGAAAGAGGACUGGAGGUCCUGGGGAACGAGGAAUGUUUGCUAGCUUUAGCGGAGGCGUUGAAGGGCCCGCCCGUACAACCAGAUGCGUGGGACGGCGCAAGCAGUGACGACGAGUCCACUACGAGUCGUACGUCGUCCUACUACUCCGGUCUGCCCUCGCCGGCGGGGUCCCAGUCGUCCCACUACUCGACGGCCAGUCGUGCUUCUCAUUCAACGAUGGGUUCGUCGCGGCCCGGGUCGCGCCAGCGGCGCAACCGCUCUAGACCGGGCUCCGCGCUGAAUACGCCGCGGCGGCCCGGCUCGCGGUCUAGGUCAAGGCCGGGCUCGCGCAAGAAGUCGCGGCCGGCGACCCCCGACGAGUCGCGACCCGCAACGGCGACGAGCGACGACUCCGAGGCCGACCGGGAACGUUUACGAGUCCAAGCCGAGGCCGACGCCAAGGCCGCGCGGGCCCGUGCAUAAUUCCACGCCGUCGACGCGACGCUCACCGUUCGACUCCGCCCGCACGGCCGCGUGCUCACGGGUCGGUUUCCGCACAGGCCCAGGAGGAGGAAGAAGCGUUAGCGAAGCAGGCCAUGGCCGAGGAGAAGCUUAGAAGGGAGCGCGAGUGCCAGGAAUUGCUCGCUGCUUCCGCGGGGGAGAUCGUCGCUGCCAUUGCUAGACGUACCAAUUACGACGGACUGCAAAGGCUAAAAAUGAUGCCUGAAGCAGUUUGUGCCUCGUUGCGAGGUUUAUGCGAAACAGAUGACGCGGAAGAUGGUCUCGGGAGAGUAUCUGCGUGGGCCCAUGGGGUCCUGCGGUGCGCCGAUGGUUUAGCGCGCGGCGACUUUUUAGCUUUGGAUCUGAGGAAUGGGAAAGCUCCGAACUUCUUGCGGCGAUUGAACCCGUCACUAUCAGCAUUGGACCGGAACGGCGGCGACUCCUACGACUGCUCGCAGCGCGUCGAACAUUAUUGUCACAAAAGUGAUAAGCCGUGGAAGCUGUUGCCACAAGUCGACACUAUUGACCCCCACGACGGCUACAUGGUCCGGGCCGCGCCGAAAUACGAGGUGGCUAAACUAAUCCUGGCGGACCUGAAACGCUCAAAACAACCUUGUAGCCUGACGUCGUGGGGCGGCGUCGGCGAUGACCUACUAGGACGAAGGACGGUCGUCACGCGGUCCUUCGACGAGACGAACCGGCCGCCCCCCGAACCCUUGCCGGAGGACGAGACCCAAAAAGUUUUUGAUGAAGAGAUGGCCAAAAGAGUAACACCAGAGGGCGUGGCGGAAGUGGAAGCGGAAAGGGCCGACACGGCUUGUAGAGCUGCAAUGCACCCGCGCCAGUUCGUGCCGGACGGCGAGCGGGGGCCUCCUGUUACUCUUGAUGAGAGGUCGCGGCGGCCGGUCACCGGUACUCGCGAAUAUGCGCGGCGCGCUUUGCCGGCGCCGCUCGUGCCAUCCCUCAAACUGCGGAAGCGCGUCUUCGACCGGAAGAUUACGGGUAGGCUAGGAGACUAAUGUUAUCGUUCUAGCCGCGACGCGUCGGGCUCGCCCGGGCGUUCUCGGAACUCUCCAGCAGUCGCCUCGUCGAUGGCCGCGCGCGCGUCUCCCUCAGUGACGCGGUGCUUCGUCCAGUACACGCCGUCGAUCGCGAGCACGGGGAUGUCGUACUUGUACCUGUCCCACAACUGUUUUUUGUCUUGGUCCGUGAUGUCCACGGCUACGAGGGAAUGGGGCGCGUCGUUUCGUAACGCGUCGAGGACGGCCUUCGCGGCGUCGCAGAGCGUGCAGCCCUCCUUCGUGAAGAGUUCGAUCGUCGGGCCGUCGCCUUCAUAUAUACGGCCGCUGACGGAAAAGUGGCGCGUGUGCCGCGCGCGCGUGCGCGGGGGCUGCAGCGCCCGGGCGGCCAGCGUCGUUAGUGCGAGGAGUUGGCGUCGCAUCGGUCGCAGGCGUCGACGGCGUGUCCAAAUGAGUCCUUUCCUGGCGUUUUUGAGUGCGCAGCCGCACGCGUGCGGCGACUGCCGCUUUUGUGUUUCCUAGUGCCUUACAUGCCGCUAGCUCGUGUUCUUUGACUUUUUCGCGGGGAGUGGAAGGUCACAAAGCAAUGGCUUGAGGUUGUCCGGUUUCACCGGAUUGCCGAGGCGCGGCGAGCCGCCCGAGUGCGGCUCAUGCCGGGCCCCAGCCAUUGGGGUGAGAAGACUGCUCCCGCACGUAUCCCGAGACGCGGGGAGAGGUAGGGGUAUUACUCAGAGUAAUAGGCGAGGCACUCGUCGUGGAAAGGGGUACUUUUCCCCGCCGAAUCAGUGGCUCGCCCUCCCCAAGUCUGAGAGGACCUGUAGCCCUGAUAAAAAACGCAUCUAGUUGAAACACACUAGAGGCACCACGCGUACGCGGCGACUUGCGUACCGGGACGCAGCGCAUAGGCGUUCCGCUACAGCGGCGCACCGCUAUUGCGCGGUCUCUGCCCGUUUUCGCUGCGCUGUCCAUAGAUAGCGCCUCUCACGGCUCUCUUGGUCAGACCAUAUUUUAUGGCAACCUUACGCGAGGCCGCAUGGCGCGGUGACGUCGAGAUGCUCCGAAAAUGUUUGCGGGCCGGUAUAAGGCCAGAUGUAACGGACGAUUACGGUAGAACGCCUCUUCAUUUAUUGUGCGGCCCGCUUCAUCCGCAGGCCUCUUCCAACACAACCGCUGCGGAUGAAGACCGCCGCGCGGCCUGCUUCAAGCUCCUUCGUGACGCGGGGGCAAAUUUGGAAGCGACCAAUUCUUCUAGCUGGACGCCACUUCACUGUGCGGUUUGCAUUGGAAGCGUCGGGUUGGUGUCGUUGCUAGUUCAAAGCGGCGUUAAUGUGGAUGCGGCAACCACCGGUGGAACCACAGCGCUGCACUUUGCAGUGCGGAUGGGGCCUAACAAUUGCCUCGAAGUGCUCCUGGCCGCAGGCGCUUCUCUGAAUCUAAGAGAAGGUCACGGGCUGACGGCUUUCAGCCUUGCACUUCUUUCCCGAACGAACCGCUGGAUGUGGCCGCUCUUUCUCCGCGCGGGCGCUGAGAUCCCCACCGAUAACACGGAGCCGUACAUCGUACGAGUCAAAAACGCCGGCGGAUUCCAGAGAUACGCUCAAGCCCACCUCGCGAGGAUCACGUCGAUCCUUGAGACGCCCCUCCUCCCGCCGGAACUCGUCCGAAAGGUCCUCGAGUACUGGCUCCACGCGGGGUACUACUGA